AUGGUGGCAAAAAUAGAUGAGCCACCACCGGAUUGCGAAUGGAUACCAUCGGUUGAAGAUGAUGAUGGAGCCGUACUUUCGUGCAGAUUAAGAACCAUCGGAAGCGCAGAAAAAACUUUUAGUAAUUUGUCAUCAUCUCAAAUCGAACUCGUCACGUCGGUCGUAUUAGUUUGUAGCGAUGUUUUAUUUUUCGAAAGUUCUCUAGAAAGCAAUACCGGAGGUUUUCUAAGUCAUUUACGUCACCUUCGGUCGAUAUCGAUAGAAUAUUGUAAAAUCCGGUACAUUCCAUCAUCUUUUUUGAUGGGUUUGACCGAUUUGAGACAUCUGACAAUAAAAACUCAUAAUACGGAUUGGUCUGCCAUGAGCAUGGAAUUUCAACCGGAUAGUUUUAACGGUUUGCAAGAAUUGAGAUUUUUAGAUUUAUCCGACAAUAACAUAUGGACUUUUCCGUCUCACGUUUUCUGUCCUCUUCAGGGUUUAACGGCGUUAAAUUUAUCUCGAAAUAGAAUACACGAAAUAUUCGAACUCGGUUUUUCCGAUUGGGGUAACGGGCCAUCGGCUCCCGGAAGAACUUGUAAUAUCGGUUUGGAAAGUUUGGAUUUGUCGCGAAACGAAGUGUCGCAAAUGCCGGAUAACGGUCUCACGAGUUUACGUUCCCUCCAACGUCUUCUGCUACAAGAAAAUAAAUUAACGUCUUUGGCCGAUCGAGCUUUUGUCGGUUUGGUUUCUUUACAAAUAUUAAAUGCAUCGUCGAAUAGUUUAACGGCUCUUCCACCGGAACUUUUUCAAUCGACUCGCGACAUAAAAGAAAUUCAUUUGCAAAAUAAUUCGAUAAGCGUGUUGGCACCCGGUCUUCUAGAAGGUUUGGAUCAACUUCUUGUACUCGAUUUAUCGAAUAAUCAAUUAACGAGCAAUUGGGUGAAUCGUGAUACGUUUUCGGGUUUGGUCCGGUUGGUCGUACUUAAUUUGUCACAUAACAUCAUAUCUCGCAUCGAUUCGCACGUUUUUCAAGAUCUCUACAGUCUUCAAAUCCUCAGUUUGGAAUAUAAUAACAUCGAAAUAAUUUCCGAAGGUUCUUUUAGCACUUUAAGCAAUUUACACGGUCUCAGUUUGUCGCAUAAUAAACUAACGCGUAUCGAAGCAUAUCACUUUUCCGGAUUAUACGUGCUCAAUCAACUUUUUCUGGAUAACAACCGGAUUUCGAACAUUCAUCACCGAGCGUUUGAAAAUUGCACGAAUUUACAAGAUCUCGGUUUGAGCGGUAACGGUUUGGAAAGCGUACCAAAUGGUAUAGGUACGCUAUUGUAUUUGAAAACUUUGGACCUCGCAGAAAAUAAGAUUAAAACCAUUGUGAAUACGUCUUUUCAAGGGUUGGAACAAUUGUACGGCCUUCGUUUGAUUGACAACGAAAUAGAAAACAUAACCCGUGAUACAUUUUCUACUCUACCUUCUCUCCAGGUAUUGAAUUUAGCCUGUAAUAAAAUAAAACACGUUGAUCAAAAUGCUUUUCGCACGAAUCCGACCCUUCACGCCGUUCGUCUUGAUGGUAAUAAAUUAACGGACAUAAAAGGAGUUUUUGCAAACAUGAACAGUCUUUAUUGGUUAAACGUAUCCGACAAUCAAUUGACCUACUUCGAUUAUUCAUUCUUACCUAAAAGCCUCGAAUGGUUAGACAUGCAUAAAAACAAUAUUGCCCAAUUAGACAAUUAUUAUUACGAUCGUAGACCUGGAAUACAAAUAAAAAUGUUAGACGUGAGUUUUAACAAAAUAAAAGAAAUCGGAGAAACGUCCAUUCCCGAUAGUGUAGAAAGUGUGUUUUUAAAUGAUAACGAAAUUAAAACAAUAAAACCCAAUACAUUUUUGCUCAAAACAAAUUUAACGAGGGCUGUUCUCUACGGUAACAAACUUCAAAGACUCGAUUUGGCCGCACUCGUUUUACAACUUGUUCCUGAGGGAAAGGAACUACCCCAAUUUUACAUCGGUGGAAAUCCUUUCUUUUGUGAUUGCACCAUGGAGUGGCUUCAAAGAAUUAAUCAGUUGAGUCACGUUCGUCAACAUCCGAGAGUUAUGGAUUUAGACACGGUUAUGUGUAAACUCUCGCAUUCGAGAGACGGAGUGGAUAGACCACUUUUGGAAUUACAACCGUCCGAAUUUCUUUGUCCGUACGAAGUUCACUGUUUUGCUUUGUGCCACUGUUGCGAAUUUGAUGCUUGCGAUUGCGAAAUGACUUGUCCGGAAAAUUGCACUUGUUAUCACGACACGCUAUGGGCGUCGAACGUCGUCGAUUGUUCAAAUAGCGGAUACACGAGCGUUCCACCCAAAAUCCCAAUGGAUGCCACCGAAAUUUAUUUAGAUGGAAACGAUUUCGGAGAUCUCGGAAGUCAUGUAUUUAUCGGUAAAAAGAAACUUCAAGUUUUGUAUUUAAAUAAUAGCAACAUACAAACAAUACACAAUAGAACUUUUAAUGGAUUGACAUCUCUCAGAAUUUUACACAUGGAAAGCAACAAAAUACAAGAGCUGAGGGGGUUUGAAUUCGAACAAAUGGAAAAUCUUAGAGAAUUGUAUUUAAAUCAUAAUGAGAUUUCAUCCGUUGGUAAUAAAACUUUUGCCGGGAUGAAAACUUUAGAAGUAUUACGAGUCGAUAAUAAUAAAAUAGCUGACUUUUCUCCCUGGCAAUUACCAACUUCGGGGAAAAUAGCGAGAGUCGUGGUCGAUGGAAAUUCGUGGGCUUGCGAUUGCGAAUCCGUUGCUAAGUUGCAAGAUUGGAUAAGAGACAAUAGUGCCGCUGCGGGAUUAUCAUUAAGCAAUUUAAGGUGCACGGAUAAAGAGAGCAGCGUUCGGGAAACUUUAAGCGAAGUCAUUUUGAGAUGUAAUCAAAAUGUUGUUUUGUCGAACACGGGAAAAUCCACCCUGGCCACAUCCGUUGCCCAAAGUGAUUCUAUAUAUAAAACCGUGAUUUUCCACGGGGAAUACUUGCCAUUUUUAGUUGCAACACUUGUCGCCGUUAUAGCCAUUUCAUUUUUAACAGUUUUAUUUUUUAUAUUUCGGAAUGACGUAUCUCUUUGGGUUCAUUCCAAAUACGGUAUUAGAAUUUUCAAAAAUUCUAGUUCCAUAGCUGAAACUCUUGAGGAACGAGAUCGCCUUUACGACGCUUAUUUGGUAUACAGUAUUAAAGAUGAAGAUUUUGUGAAUCGAGUGGUGGCGUGCGAAUUAGAGCAAGAAGGACAUUCUUUGUGUCUUCAUUAUCGCGAGUUAGUGAGUGAUUCGACAUUUUUAGCCGAUAGUAUAUUGAGUGCCGCCGAAGCAUCGAGAAGAAUCGUUUUUGUAUUUUCAUUAAGUUUUCUACAGCACGAAUGGGAUCACAUUCAAUUUAGAUCUUCUCUUCAAGCAUCUCUUCAUCAAACUCCUCCUCACCUUCGGAGAAGGAAAAUUAUUUUCUUACUCACAACAGACUUGGGAAAUUUAAAUUUAGAUCCCGAGUUGCAAGAGUUGUUGAGAACUUGCACGGUUAUUUCUUGGGGAGAAAAAAGAUUUUGGGAAAAGCUGAGAUACGCUAUGCCAGAUGCCGUUUGCAGAAAAAAGAAAAAGAAUAAUAAUUCUAAAAAAUCAAUCGGGGGGUCAGGGAAAAAGAAUUCAGUUAGUAGAAAUAAUGCGGAAAGCAUAACUAGUAGCAAUGGAAAGACUGUUAGCGCCAGGUACACGGCAGCUCCUACCAAUAUAGAUCCUUGGUGCAAGUAUUCUGGCGGCACUCUUCAAAGUGCUCACCUUCUACAAAUGCAACAAAUACCAGUGACGCCGCCGCAAUCUUCUUGCGUUUCCGAAAGAUCUUCUCAGCGAACGGAAGAAGAAGAAGAUAGCGGGUCACAGAAUUACGAUUACACCCAAGCGGGAAGUCACAGCUAUGUGAGCAUAGAUGGCAGGCUGCCCAAUUAUUCAACUGCUCCCAGGCACGUUUAUUCAACUAUUCCGGAUCCUAUGAAUAUAACUCAGCCUGUUGUGACUCCGGCUCCAGGUCGAACGUAUUUUGUUUAA